GUUUAGCUAAUAUUACAAAACACUUCAAAGUCAGCGUUUUAUUUCUGUUUACUGAAUUACUGCUUUUCGUCCUCUGUUUUGAACGUUUCCCAUGAUCCCCUUCGGAACUUCCUAUGGAGAUAAAGCGUGUGUGAUUGCAACAGCGGCCGGCCGGGGAUGUGAAGAUGCUGCGCAGGAAACCCACGCGUCUGGAGCUGAAGCUGGAUGACACCGAGGAGUUUGAAAGCGUCAAGAAAGAGCUGGAGAGUCGAAAGAAACAGAGGGAUGAGGUGGACGUAGUUGGUGUCGCCACAUCCGGCGAGAUGAGCGGAGCGUCAGGUGGCGCCACAGACGGGAAGACCAGGGAGCAGAUGAUCCACGAGCGCAUCGGUUACAAACCCCACCCAAAACCCAACACCUUACCCUCACUUUUUGGGAACCUUCAGUUUUGACCAUUUGCAAACGUGAAAAAGGACUACAAGACCUUGAGAAUCUGCAUCAAACACAUGCAUAUAUUAUGAUUUAAUAACACCUGACCUGAAAUAGACUGAAAGCACAUGCGUUCUGGGUUUCCUUAACUGUGUGUUUGUGAUUAAGUGAUUAAAAAGGACUAUUUUUCUACUCGAGUAAAUAAAAUCUUGUUAGUUGGAUGUGGAAAA